AUGCAACAACAGCUUCAAGCGGCCCACCCUCUGGACACCCCACAUCUUCCAUGGGAGCUGCCUCCAGGACUCUCAGAAAAUAUCAAUAUGACUUUCCUCAACGGGGUGUUUAAAAAUGUGGGAGGAGUGGCCGAAAUAUUUGACUGCCUGGGCUCUCACUUCACCUGGCUGCAGGAUGUCUUCACCAACUUCCCCGCACUGCUCCAGUUCGUGAAUGGUAUGAAGUGUGUGGCUGGUCUCUGCCCCCGGGACUUCGAAGACUACGGCUGUGCCUGCAGGUUUGAGAUGGAAGGGCUGCCUGUGGACGAGUCUGACAGCUGCUGCUUCCAGCAUCGCAGGUGUUACGAGCAGGCUGCUGAGAUCGACUGUCUGCAAGACCCCGCCAAGCUUAGCACAGAUGUCAACUGUGUCAGCAAGAGUAUCACCUGUGAGUCCGGGGACGCUUGUGAGCACCUGCUGUGUACCUGUGACAAGGCUGCCAUAGAGUGCUUGGCUCAGUCCAAUAUCAACUCUUCCCUGAACCUUCUGGACACGUCCUUCUGUCUGGCUCAGCCUCCAGGUAGGAAGAUCCAGGCCCUGCAUCAGCAGUGGGGAUGGCGAUCUGCGGCAGGAGCUGAGACAACCAGCAAGAAAGAGCUGCUGACACUUCUGCCCAGAGUGGUUCCUGUGGAGCCCACGGACUCCAGCCUGACGGCCCUCUCAGGAGAAGAUGAACACAGAGGGACCGGGGCAGAACCAGGCCAAGUCCAGGAAGACACACAAGAUGCGAGGGCCACACCUUCUCCAGGGUCUGCAGAGAUUGUUGCCACAGCUAAAGGUGCAACCAUCGUCCCUGCUGGCAUUAAAUCUCUGGGGUUGGCUGUGUCAUCCGUCAGAAGUGGUCCUGAGGAGACAUCUGGAAAAGCCUGUGACAGGUUCACCUUCCUGCACCUGGGAAGCGGGGACAACACUUGGGUGAUGCCACAGCUUGGAGAGAUGCUCUUUUGUCUGACAUCCCGGUGCCCGGAGGAAUUUGAAUCUUAUGGCUGUUACUGUGGGCAGGAAGGAAAAGGCGAGCCAAGGGACGCUCUGGACAGGUGCUGUUUGUCCCAUCACUGCUGCCUGGAGCAGGUGAGAAGGCUGGACUGCCUGCUCGAGAGGCUUCCUCGAUCACCAGUGGUAUGCGUGGAUGGUACCCCCAAAUGUGUAGGCCAGAGCCUGUGUGAGAAGCUGCUUUGUGUCUGUGACCAGACAGCGGCUGAAUGCCUGGCCUCUGCCUUCUACAACCAAAGCCUCAAGUCACCUGGCAGACAGGAGUGCCAGGGCCACCGGCCAUCCUGCGAGGACGGCAGGAUUUCAGCUUCGUCCCUUGGCUCCAGCUCUGAGGAGAGCAGUGUGGAGGCCCCGCCGCCCAGGGAGGGCCUGAGAAGAACCAGAAGAUUCCUGGGGAAGUCCCUUGGUCUCCUGGGGACUAGGCCACAGCGUGGCCCCAGAUAG